AUGAGAAGUAAAAAGAAUAUAGUUGAGGAAGAUUACAUUUCUUUUCACAAAGAUUUAAGCAAUAAAAUGUCUGAAAAAAUAUUGCAUUUCGAACCUAAAUUUAGAAUUAAGUUAUGCGCUAUGUUAUAUCAUCAUAAAUAGAAAUAAAAUCUUGAUAAAGAUUUACAUAAUGAGCUUUUAAAGUUGAAAAGGAAUUAUGAAAAGAAGACAUAUGAAAUAAUUAAAUAGAUGAAUUCUUUAAUAAAAGAAGAAGGAACUAUUAUUUUGAAUGAUUUCUCUGAUAUUUCUGAUCAUUUUACAAUGCCUGGAGAUCCUAAUUAUUUAGAGCCACUUGCUUACCCAAAAAUAUAAAAAUAUUGGUCUAGUUGCAUACAAAACUGCACAAUUUUAUAGCAUUAAUUUACUAAAAAAGAUUAAGAUAUAGCACAAUGCUUAGAAACUAUAGAAAUUUCAAGAGAAGAAACUAAAACAACUAAAUCGUUUACUUUAUCAUUUUAAUUCUCUUAAGAUUAGAAAUAUUUUACAAAUUCAUUUGUUUAAGUGACUUUUUAUCUGAUUGAUUCAGUAAAUGCUUACAGAUAAGAGUCAAAUGCUGAAUUCAAAAUCAAAACAGGCAAUAAAGAAACAGCUACAACAGGAAUAUUUCUUUAACUAUUUUAAAACGUCAAUUUAGAAGAGGGUCUCAAUAAGAUAUCUGAUGCUCAUGAUCUUUGCACAAAACUUGGGAGAAGUUAUGAAAUAGCUCUAAUUUUUAAGGAUGAGCUAAUACCUUACUCUUUAGAAUAUUAUUUAAAUGCAAGGACUCCGAAUUUAAAAUAGGAAAUGCUUGAAAAACAACUUAUGGAAUAAUAUUAAGAAAAGAAAAAGAUUAAAUCGAAAUUUGUUCAACAAUAACAAGAAGAAGCCGAUGAAGAAUUAGCUGAUGAGUAAUAUUUAGAAGAUAAUCAAUGUAAAUAAUAAUGA